AUGGCGGAAAAAGGGGCUUCGAGCCAGGCGCUCGUGGCUCGACAGAAUGCAGCAAAAGCCCAUGGUCUCAUGGGCAUGCUAAAGAAUCCUUAUGUAUUCAUGACAUGUUUGUUCGCAUCGUUAGGUUGUAUGAUGUAUGGUUACGAUCAAGGAGUAAUGUCACCAGUACUGGUUAUGGAGAACUUCCAGAACGAAUUCCCAACUCUCACAUCAUCGACCACUCAAGGAUGGCUCGUUGCUUCCCUGGAACUUGGUGCAUGGUUCGGUGCUCUUUUCAACGGAUACCUCGCGGAUAAAAUCUCGAGAAAAUACAGUAUGAUGGUUGCCGUUUUAAUCUUCACGCUCGGCACAGGUCUUCAAACUGGGGCACAAAAUCCUUCAUAUUUCUUCGGUGGCCGUAUCAUUGGUGGUGUGGGUAUUGGUAUGUUCUCUAUGGUUAUUCCAUUGUACCAAGCAGAAAUUGCACCACCGGAGCUUAGAGGAUCCUUGGUUUCACUUCAACAACUCUCCAUUACCAUUGGAACUACUAUUGCUUUCUGGCUUGACUUCGGUUUCUCCUUCUCCGGUGGUAACAAGUGCAAACCAGAGGGUAUCGCAGAUCCAUACCUUCCCGAUGGCACUUAUAAUGCUGCCGCAAACCACGGACAUCCUUGCACUGGUCAAAAUCAAAUUGCUUGGAGAGUUCCAUUGUCAUUACAAUUGAUUCCUGCAUGGACUCUUUUCAUUGGGAUGUUUUUCUUCCCAUUCUCCCCAAGAUGGUUGAUGCUGAAGCAUCGUGAAGAAGAAGCCAUUGCAUCCCUCUGCAAACUCAGACGCCUUGACGCCAAUGACCCAUUGUUGCGAGCGGAAUUUCUUGAGAUUAAGGCAGCUGUCAUGUUCGACGAGGAGACCCAAGCUGAGCAAAUUGGACAUGGUGGAAUGUUAGCCCCGUGGAAAGCAUUAUUCGUACCUCAUGUGUUCAAGAGAAUCUUCCUUGGAUGUGCUAUGAUGGUUUUCCAACAGUUUACUGGAAUUAACGCCGUUUUGUACUAUGCUCCUCAAAUUUUCUCCAGCUUCGGCUUUUCCAGCACUACCACCACUCUUCUCGCUACUGGAGUCACUGGUAUCUUGCAAGUCCUCUUUACUCUACCGGCGGUUCUGUACCUCGAUAAAUUCGGUCGUAAGACUUUUCUUAUUGCUGGUGCCAUCGGUAUGUGCAUCUGCCACGUCGUAGUAGCUUCCAUAGAAGGUGUUUAUGAAGACCAAUGGAAUCUUAAUGAAGGCCUUGCUGUGACGCAAGGAUGGGUCGCCAUCGUGUUCAUUUGGUUAUUUGCAGUUAACUUUGCCUACUCUUGGGGACCAGUCACCUGGGUUCUCGCUCAGGAGAUCUUCCCGGCCAGCGUUAGAUCUCGUGGUGUCUCACUUGUCGCAUCAACCAACUGGAUGUUCAACUUCGUCAUCGGCUUGACCACUAAAGACAUGCUGAACUCUAUGAAGUACGGUACAUACAUCUUCUUCGCUGUAUUUAGUGCUGGGGGUGGCUUCUUCAUCUGGAAAUUCUUCCCCGAAACAAAGGACAAGACAUUGGAGGAACUCGAUGUGUACUUCGGCGGUAGCAUUGACAGUAUUGCGGCUGCAGACAAGGCAAGAAUGCAAAGUAUCAACGAGAGGCUCGGCCUCGCCAAUGCUGAAAACCCUGUAGAUAUUAAGAUGAUGAAUGAGGAGAAGGUUGCUACAACUACCCACCGGGAAUUGUAA